GUGGGUGAGGGUCGGAGGGGCGCUGUUGUUGCCGUUGCUGCCGAGGUGUUUAGGGGGCGUGUCCCGCUCGCGGCAGGCACAAUGGCUACAGUGACCCAGAAGCACUUCUUGGAAGGGCAGGCUUACUCUGUCCCUCUGAUCCAACCUGACUUGCGCAGGGAAGAGGCUAUUCAUCAGGUUGCAGAUGCACUUCAGUAUUUGCAGAAAGUGUCUAGUGAUAUCUUCAACAGAAUCUCCCAGCGGGUGGAGGCCAGCCGGAUGCAGCUGCAGGCAAUCGGAGAGAGAGUCUCACUGGCUCAGGCUAAGAUUGAGAAGAUAAAGGGCAGCAAGAAGGCGAUUAAGGUGUUUUCCAGUGCCAAGUACCCUGCCCCAGAGCGGCUGCAGGAGUACAAUUCCAUUUUCGCUGGUGCAGAGGAUCCAGCCACACAGAAACGGCCGAGGCACAAGAUUCAGAGCAAACACAGACUGCUGGAUGAGAAAUCCCUGCAGGAGAAGCUCAAGUACUUCCCAGUGUGUGUGAGCACAAAAGUUCAUCAGGAGGAUGAUGCAGAAGAAGGUCUUGGCAGCCUCCCCAGGAACAUCAGCUCCCUUAGCUCCCUGCUGCUGUUCAACACCACCGAGAACCUGUACAAGAAGUAUGUCUUCCUGGAUCCUCUGGCGGGAGCGGUGACCAAGACCCAUGUGACUCUGGGAACAGAGACUGAGGAGAAGCUCUUUGAUGCACCCCUUUCUAUCACCAAAAGGGGGCAGCUGGAUCGGCAGGUAGCUGAAAAUUACUUUUACGUACCAGAUCUGGGUCAGGUGCCUGAGAUAGACGUGCCAUCCUACCUGCCAGACCUGCCUGGCAUCGCUGCUGAUCUCAUGUACAUCGCAGACCUGGGGCCUGGCAUUGCACCCUCGGCACCCAGCAGCGCUAUCCCAGAGCUACCCACCUUCAACACAGAGUCCGUGGAGAACUUCAGGCCAGGUCUUCAAGAUGGUGUGCUAGUGCCCCCACCCCCACCUCCCCCUCCUCCACCCCCUGUGAUGCCAACUAGUGCUCCCCCACCCCCUCCUCUGCCCCAGCCUGCCUCCCUUUCCAAACAGCCAGCAAUCGAGGAGAGCAGCAGUGCAAUGUCUGCAGCUCCAGUCCAAGGGGCUCCAAAGGAAGUUGUGAAUCCUUCAACUGGCCGGGCCACUCUUCUGGAGUCCAUCCGCCAGGCUGGUGGCAUUGGGAAGGCCAACCUCCGAAGCGUUAAGGAGAGAAAGCUGGAGAAGAAGAAGCAAAAGGAGCAAGAACAAGUGAUAACCACAGCACAGGGUGGAGACUUGAUGUCCGACCUCUUCAACAAGCUGCUCCUGAGGCGCAAAGGCAUUUCAGGCAAGGGGCCUGCAGCUGCAGGAAGUGCUGAUGCUCCCAGUGCACCUGCUGGUGCCUUUGCCCGCAUGUGGGACUCAAUCCCACCUCUGCCAGCCCCACAACAACCCCCAGGGGACGAGGAAGAAGAUGACUGGGAAUCAUAAAUGCUAUCAUGCCAUAGGCCUGGGAUUGGUUCCUCUUGGCUAACUGGGAAUCCGGCCCGGCAGAGCUAAGCACCUCAGAAAUGGACCAGCUCUUGGAAAUAACUGCUGGUGAGAGGGCACAGGCCUGGCAGAGGGACCCUGUCACUUUCUCUUAGCUCCUGCUCAUCUCUAACCACUGUUGAGUAUAGUUAUCAAUGAACAUUACUUCUGCCCUGUUUACUUCCCCUCCCCCACAAAUAGUGCAUUUAAUUUCAAAUGCUGCUGCUCCUGCUCACUCAAUAAAUCCUGCUGUAGCUGGA